GGCUUGCCGACCUUUGUGAGCGCAUGCGCUCUCACUGGGAUCGCGUAGUCGUUCACCAUCCAUGCAGCAAGCCCGCCGAUAAAUUCGCAGCGCUCUGAGCACGUUCAUUUUCGAGAACUGAACGAAAACGCAUCGGUUUCAGCAAAGCACUCAGCAAACAUGAGGCUAGCCCUCACCGCCCUGAUCUGCGCAGCCGGCGCCUUCAUGCCGCCAAGCGUCAAAAGAAGCAACGCCUUGCGGGCCACGGGCGACCGCUGGUACUGCGGCGAAGGCGUCAAGUAUCCCCGAGGGGCGGCCGGCAUGCCGCCCGCACCACCGGCGGAGACGGGUGGAUAUAGCCACGAGCAGCAAUUGUUCGAUUUCUGGGCCGACACGAACUACGACUACGAGGUGGCCUUGGCGCGGCCGCUGGGUAUUGUUUUUGAAGAGAUCGGGACCGCGGCGCAGCCACGCGGUGUUCAAGUCAUCGACGUGGGGGGCAACGCGGCCGCGUCCGGUAAAGUCUCCGUCGGCGACGUGCUGGUGGGCGUGACGGCCGUGCGUUAUAUUGGCGGUGAGUACCUGGGCAAGGCGCGGCCGGAGCGGGACAUCUUCCCCGCGGGGCAGAUGGAUUUUGAUACCGUGGUCGACGCGAUCUCGUCGAACGAGGAGCCGGAGCUGUCGGAAUUGCGAGUCGUGCCGCACUCGUCGGACGUGAUCCUGCGGAUGCGUAAGGGGUAAAACCCGUAGGCUAGGA